CAGCUGGGCGCUGUAGUUCUCCUGGACGCCUAGCGGCAUUGCCAGCGCGGCGGUGGCGGCUCUCGGUUGCUGCCAGCGGGUUCUCUGAGGGCGAGCCGAGGCGGAGAAAGGGCGCGGAACUGGGAGAGGGUGAGUCAGACGCUGUCUAUGCCGUAAAGAGAGCGGCACCUUGGCACACGGCUCCCUUAGGUAAAUGGACUCGUGCGGACGUCUCUCCGGAGAUACCGUUAUCUUUGCGCCAGCGAGAGCCUGGUGAGGAGGAGCCAUAGCCGGGUCCUUGCACCCGUUCUCGCCUUCAGCGCCCCGCCGCCAUCUCCACCAUGCAGUCCCGGGAAGACGCUCCGCGCUCUCGCCGCCUCGCCAGCCCCCGUGGUGGGAAACGGCCCAAGAGGAUUCACAAGCCCUCGGUGUCGGCCUUUUUCACGGGCCCCGAGGAGCUGAAGGACACGGCCCACUCUGCAGCGCUGCUGGCACAGCUCAAGUCCUUCUACGACGCGCGGCUGCUGUGCGAUGUGACCAUCGAGGUGGUGACGCCUGGCAGCGGGCCUGGCACGGGCCGCCUCUUCCCCUGCAACCGUAACGUGCUGGCUGCCGCGUGUCCCUACUUCAAGAGCAUGUUCACCGGCGGCAUGUACGAGAGCCAGCAGGCGAACGUGACCAUGCACGACGUGGAUGCCGAGUCCUUCGAGGUGCUGGUCGAAUACUGCUACACGGGUCGCGUUUCGCUUAGUGAGGCCAACGUGCAGCGCCUUUACGCGGCGUCCGACAUGCUGCAGCUGGAGUACGUGCGGGAGGCCUGUGCCUCCUUCCUGGCCCGCCGCCUUGACCUGGCCAACUGCACCGCCAUCUUCAAGUUCGCCGACGCCUUCGGCCAUCGUAAGCUGCGAUCACAAGCGCAGUCCUUCAUAGCCCACAACUUCAAGCAGCUCAGCCGGAUGGGUUCGAUUCGGGAGGAAACUCUGGCAGAUCUGACCUUGGCCCAGCUACUGGCCGUGCUGCGCCUGGACAGUCUAGACAUCGAGAGUGAGCAAACAGUGUGUCACGUGGCCGUGCAGUGGUUGGAGGCGGCUCCCAAGGAGCGGGGUCCCAGCGCUGCCGAAGUCUUCAAGUGCGUCCGCUGGGCACACUUCAGCGAUGAAGAUCAGGAUUACCUGGAAGGGCUGUUGACCAAACCCAUCGUGAAAAAGUACUGUCUGGACCUGAUUGAAGGGGCCCUGCAGAUGCGAUAUGGUGACAUGCUGUACAAGUCUCUGGUGCCAAAGCCAGAGUGCAGCAGCAGCUCUGUUGUAUCCGCAGCGGAAAAUCCACCCCAGAGGCUGGGUGUGUGUGCCAAGAAGAUGGUGAUCUUCUUUGGACAUCCCAGAGAUCCCUUUCUGUGCUGUGACCCAUACUCGGGCGAUAUUUACAAAGUGCCGUCACCUUUGACCUGCCUUGCUCACACUAGGACUGUCACCACCUUAGCAGUCUGUGUCUCUCCCGACCACGACAUCUAUCUCGCUGCCCAGCCCAGGAAAGACCUCUGGGUGUAUAAACCAGCGCAGAACAGUUGGCAGCAGCUGGCAGAUCGCUUGCUGUGCCGCGAGGGCAUGGAUGUGGCAUACCUCAAUGGCUACAUUUACAUCCUGGGUGGGCGAGACCCUAUCACCGGAGUUAAACUGAAGGAAGUGGAAUGCUACAGUGUUCAGAGGAACCAGUGGGCACUGGUGGCUCCACUACCCCACUCUUUUAUCUCCUUUGACUUAAUGGUAAUUCAGAACUAUCUGUAUGCUCUCAACAGUAAGCGCAUGUUCUGCUAUGAUCCCAGCCACAACAUGUGGCUGAAAUGUGUUUCUCUCAAGCGCCAUGAUUUUCAGGAAGCCUGUGUCUUCAAUGAUGAGAUCUAUUGUAUCUGUGACAUCCCGGUCAUGAAGGUCUACAACCCGGUCAGAGCAGAAUGGAGGCAGAUUAAUAAUAUUCCUUUGGUGUCUGAGACGAGCAACUACCGGAUCAUCACUCAUGGCCAAAAGUUGUUGCUGAUCACCUCGCGCACCCCGCAGUGGAAAAAGAACCGGGUGACCGUGUAUGAGUAUGACAUUAGUGGAGACCAGUGGAUUAAUAUAGGUACCACAUUAGGCCUUUUUCAGUUUGAUUCUAACUUUUUUUGCCUCUCAGCUCGUGUUUAUCCUUCCUGCCUUGAGCCUGGUCACAGUUUCCUCACUGAGGAAGAAGAGAUACCGAGUGAAUCUAGUACUGAGUGGGAUUUGGGUGGAUUUAGUGAGCUGGAUUCUGAGUCAGGAAGUUCAAGUUCUUUAUCUGAUGAUGAUUUGUGGGUACAGGUAGCGCCUCAGUGAAAUGCACAGUAUCAGCAGGGUUCGUUGUAGAUAGGUUGAAACACUAAGGUAUUUUUACUACUUGGAAAGUAGCUAAAAGAAAUACCCUUUCCCUUUACUGGGAAAGAAAAGAUUAAUUUCAGAUUUGGUUUAGAAAGGGUAUUGUUUGAAAUACUAAUGUAAUUUAGUAUUAGAGAAUUUAAGCACUCUCCAAAAAAUAAACCUAUUUAAUAAUUUACUGUUCUAAAAGUCCAGUAUUGAUUUGUUUAGUAUGUUUCUGUUCGAUUAUGCUAAGUUAGUCUUCUAUUAUUAAAUCUUACGUUCUGUUUAGUGCCACAAGUACGGUAACUUGAAUUUUAAUUUUUAUAGUAGAAAACAGAUUGGAUAGGAAUUACUAGAUAGGGUUUUGAAAGUAUAUACUUUCCUUACAGUGUAGUAGAUUUCCUAAACUUUAAAACAGUGGGUUUUUACAAAUUGUUCUAACUCAUAGUUUGCUAAGUUUUAGUUUAGUUUUCUCCCCUUUUGUGAAGAAAAAAAAAAUUACAUAUAUGUUUAAUGUGACUGAAUGAUUUCAUUUGUAAUAUCGUACAGAAUGGCCAUAAACUCACUGAUAAUAAGAACAAAAAAUACAGGAUUCUACUGUUUGGAAAGAAAUUUCAGUUUUAAAUUUGUAAUAUAAAAUGUGUAUUUGCAAAUAGUGACCCGUUUUCCAUCUAAAAAAAAUUCCAUUCUAGCCGUGUCACCAAUCAUCUACAAAGGUAAAAAACAAACGAACAAAAAAAAACUCAGUAACUGGCUUUGUAGGUUCAUAUUUUUAUCUAUACUUAGUACAUGCUUCAUUGAAUCAGAGGAAUAAUCCUUUUUUUUCACUGGACACGAUUGUGUAAAUUUUUAUUCAUUGUCUUAAAAAGUUUGUGAUUCUUAAAAUAUUUUGACUGUAUAGUUUUCGUGUUCAUCUUAGAUUUGUCAGCAAGUUGUGAUUCUUCUUUACUGUUUUGUGAGGUAAUACUGGUUUUGAAAAUAUGUAUAAGCUAAGAACAGUAUUUUAUUGAUUAGUAGUUAUCGUAUCUAUCAACUAUAAAAUCAAGUGCCAGCAAAGAACUUUAAAACUUUAAGUUUUAAGUAUAGAACUGUUUUGUGUAGCAUUGAAAUAUACUGUCAGUUUUGUAAGUCACUAAAUGUUAUCAGCUUAAAGGUAUUUUUGUAUUAAAAGUUUACAGUUAAAUAACAUAAAUGGAUGAUGGCAUUUGGGGCCAGUAGUGAAAGUAUAUUUCGUCUAAAAUAUUUCCCUAAGCAGUGGUGUUAUACAUGAUUAUUUUAUUAGGGUAUUCUUAUCUGUUCUGUGUUUCUCUGUGAACCAUGCUCCAGUCUUUGUUACUGUCACUAUAUGUAAGGGAAAGUCCAGAAAUAGAGACUAAAUCACAUAAAACUGACAUCGUUAAUUAUAUAAGAAAAUAUAAAUGCUUACCUCUUGAGGGUUUACUAGAUAUGUCAUUGUACAUAUACAUGAUAAAUGACCAGAUGCUUGAUAGUGUAUAAAAUUUUGUAUACUCAAUUAGAAUUAUCUUCCUGAAUCUUCCUUCAGUGACAUGCUGAUUCCUCUUCUGUGUGUAUUCUCUGGUGACGGAAGGCUAACAGUUCUUAACCGUGGCAGAGUACUGAGGAGUGUGCUCUCUCAGGUGGGAAACUAAAUUUUUGAAUGAAAUACCGUAGGACGAGAAUGGAGAAAGGGAGACAUAAAAGAUUUUUAAGUUCUGAGCAAUUUUUAUUGGCUAUCUGAAGAUUCUACAAAACAUUCCCAUUGAACAUUUUUAGUGAAAUAGGAUGCGUGUUCUAGUAGUGUAUGUUCUUCCACCAGGUCAAACAUGCUUUUAGUUUGGCUAAAUUUUGUUCCAUUUGACAUCAGGGUUGUUAAAAGCACUGUACUUAACACAAAGCUAUUUCUUAGUAGUGUCAUUUUUGGUCAGCUGUUUCUUCACCGGUAACUUGUUUUGAUAGCUUUUUGUUUUUUCAUGGUGAAAUAGGACAAUGCUGAUUUCAUCCAGACUAUCCAUCUGCAGAAUUAAGGUAUGCAGUCAAUUUGUCAUUUUCAACCUUUAGGUAAAGCCUAAGCUAAAUGGUGGUAAUAUCUCCAUUCCCAAAGAGAUUUUCUUGGGUUUCGUGACAUAUUUGUGAAUUAGGGAAUAGAUGUUAACCAUUAUUUUAUAGGUAAGUGAUUUGUAUGUGAUUAGUUACAAAUAAAACUGGUACUAGAACCCAGA